AGGAGGAGGGGCUUGGCGAAGGGCACCGCGAGGGCCAGAUUUAAAAGGGAGAUGAUCCUAGCUAGUUGAUGCCACCAGUGACCUCCGACGCCCAGGGCAAGAGAACGCCACCACGAGGGAUAACGCGAGGAAAGCCGGGGCCGCCAAGGCAGUCCCAGGCUCGUGAGGGAGGCGCGCAGACCGGACAGGGGCGUCCUCCGGGCGCCUGGCACCCCGCCACAAUGUGCGAACUGUACAGCAAGCAGGACACUCUGGCGCUGAGGGGGAAGCACAUCGGGCCCUCAUGCAAAGUUUUCUUUGCUUCGGAUCCCAUCAAAAUAGUGAGAGCCCAGAGGCAGUACAUGUUUGAUGAGAACGGCGAACAGUACUUGGACUGCAUCAACAAUGUUGCCCAUGUGGGACACUGUCAUCCAGAAGUGGUCAAAGCUGCUCUGAAGCAGAUGGAACUGCUAAAUACAAAUUCUCGAUUCCUCCAUGACAACAUUGUUGAGUAUGCCAAGCGCCUUUCAGCAACUCUGCCGGAAAAACUCUCUGUUUGUUAUUUUACAAAUUCAGGAUCUGAAGCCAACGACUUAGCCUUACGCCUGGCUCAGCAGUUCACAGGCCACCAAGAUGUGAUCACUCUUGACCAUGCUUACCAUGGUCACCUAUCAUCCUUAAUUGAGAUUAGCCCAUAUAAAUUUCUGAAAGGAAAAGAUGUCAAAAAAGAAUUUGUACAUGUGGCACCAACUCCAGAUACUUACAGGGGAAAAUAUAGAGAAGACCAUGAAGACCCAGCCCGUGCUUAUGCAGAUGAAGUGAAGAAAAUCAUUGAAGAUGCUCAGAGCAGUGGAAGGAUGAUUGCUGCCUUUAUUGCUGAAUCCAUGCAGAGUUGUGGCGGACAAAUAAUUCCUCCAGCAGGCUACUUCCAGAAAGUGGCGGAGUAUAUACACGGCGCAGGGGGUGUGUUUAUAGCUGAUGAAGUUCAGGUGGGCUUUGGCCGAGUUGGGAAACAUUUCUGGAGCUUUCAAAUGCAUGGCGAAGACUUUGCGCCAGACAUCGUCACAAUGGGAAAGUCUAUGGGCAACGGCCACCCAGUGGCGUGUGUGGUAACAACCAAAGAAAUUGCAGAAGCCUUCAGUAGCUCUGGGAUGGAAUAUUUUAAUACGUAUGCAGGAAAUCCAGUAUCUUGUGCUGUUGGUUUGGCUGUCCUGGAUGUAAUUGAAAAUGAAGACCUCCAAGAAAAUGCCACCAGAGUAGGGAAUUUUCUCACUGAGUUACUGAAAAAACAGAAGGCUAAACACACUUUGAUAGGAGAUAUUAGGGGCAUUGGCCUUUUUAUUGGAAUUGAUUUAGUGAAGGACCAUCAGAAAAGGACCCCUGCCACAGCUGAAGCUCAGCACAUCAUCUACAAGAUGAAAGAAAAACGUGUGCUUCUCAGUGCUGAUGGACCUCACAGAAAUGUACUUAAAAUAAAACCACCUAUGUGCUUCACUGAAGAAGAUGCAAAGUUCAUGGUGCACCAACUUGAUGGGAUUUUAACAGUUUUAGAAGAAGCCACAGGAACCAAAACUGAAAGUGUGACCUCUGAGAAUACUCCAUGCGAAACAAAGGCCAAGGGCCCGGGGGUUUACUCCAACUGCCAAGUGCAGAUGCUCCUCAACUUAUGAUGGUGUGAACUCCCAAGAAACACAUUGUAAGUUGAAAAUAUUCUAAGUCAAAAAUGUACUUAAUGGCCCUUAAGCUCAGAAGCACUAUAGGUUAAAAAAAAAAAAAAAGCACUUAAUACACCUAACUUACUGAACAUCCUAGCUUAGUCCAGCCUCCCUUAAGCACACUCAGAAGACUUACAUUAGCCUGCAGCUGGGCAGUCAUCAGGCAGCACAGCACAUUGUAGACUCUCACUUGUUUAUCCUUGUGAUGCCAUGGCUGUCUGGGAGCUGCGGCUCGUUGCCACUGCCCAGCAUCACAAGAGAGUAUCCUACUACACAGCACUAGCCCAGGAAAAGAUCAAAAUUCAAAAUUUAAAGCACAACUGGUACUGAAUGAGUAUUGCUUCCCCACCAUGGUAAAGUGAAAGAAUUCCACGUGAACCAUGGUAUGUUAGGGAGUGUCUGUAUUUCCAUCCCAAUCAUGCAUUCAGGGGCUGUGGAAAUGACACAGGUGGCCUUGCCUAGUGAAGACUUGAGGAGCAGUGAAUUUUCCUGCCCACAUAGUCCAACGAGGCACUUAUUUACCUGACUAAGAUGAUAAGGCUCUCUUUGGGCAGUACAGGCAAGCACAUAAAAAGGCUUUAAACAGGGCACUUUGUAAAGAGGGUGGAGAGAUGUUUUCCAGGGAGAGCGAGACAAAAAAUAUUCUCAAUAUCCAAGAUAGGAUAUCAAGCUACAUUUGGUUAGUUUUAUUCAGAGGUAGUUGAUAUAUUAUGGUGCCAUUGCAAAUGGUAUCCUUUCUUUUUUUUUUUUUGAGAUGGAGUUUCGCUCUUGUUACCCAGGCUGGAGUGCAAUGGCGUGAUCUCGGCUCACUGCUACCUCCACCUCCUGGGUUCAGGCAAUUCUCCUGUCUCAACCUCUGAAUAGCUGGGAUUACAGGCAUGCGCCACCAUGCCCAGUUAAUUUUUUGUAUUUUUAGUAGAGACGGGGUUUCACCAUGUUGACCAGGAUGGUCUCAAUCUCUUGACCUCAUGAUCCACCCGCCUCGGCCUCCCAAAGUGCUGGGAUUACAGGCUUGAGCCACUGCACCCGGCCUGCAAAUGUUAUCCUUUUAAAAAGGAUUUUCUAAUUGUUCUUGGUAUUUAGAAAGUGAUUUUGUUUUAUUUAUUUAUUUUGAGACAGAGUUUUGCUCUUGUUGCCCAGGCUGGAGUGCAAUGGAGUGAUCUCAGCUCACUGCAACCCCCACCUCCUGGGUUCAAGCCAUUCUCUUGCCUCAGCCUCCCAAGUAGCUGAGAAUACAGGUAUGCACCACCAUGCCCGGCUAAUUUUUGUAUUUUUGAUAGAGAUAGAGUUUUACCAUUUUGGUCAAGCUUGUUAAUGAUGAAUUUUGUCAAUCGAUAUGUGUAUCUAUUUAAAGGAUGAUGUGAUUUUCUUCUUUCUUCUGUACAUGUGGUGAUUAUAUUGAUUUUCUCUUCUUUUUAAAGCAUGUGAUCUUUUUCUAACUGACCGUUUAUGCUUUCAGUCCUCUUUGAGGAAUUCCUUUUCAUUGUGUAUUCUUUUAAAGACACUUUACAUUAUCACUUUAUUUAAAUUGUUAAUUUCCUUCACAUCAGUAGGCACUUUACAUUUUGUUAAACUUUUCCUUCUCCAGGAAAAUCCUUAUAGUUUUUUUCUAUAUAUUUUUCUCCCAAGUUUUUAUUCUAAAAAAUGUCAAAGCUUCAGUGAAGUUUCACAUCAUAUCCCUCACCUGAAUUUGCCAAUUGUUCAUAUUUUGCCCCAUUUGCUCUACUAUAUGCACGCACACACACACAUGCACACAAACAUGCACACACAUACACGCAUAUACACACAUAUGCACACAAGCACACAAAUACUGAGUUGGUUUUGGCUCAGCUACUAGAGCCAUUUAAGAUUUGUUUUUGGCUGAGCCACUUGAGAUUUAGUUGCAGACAUCAAAGCAAUUUACCCCUAAAUAUUUCCCUUUGGCCCUUUGGCGUCAGGUGCGAUGACUCACAUCUAUAAUCCCAGCACUUUGGAAGACUAAGGGGAGAGGAUUGCUUGAGUCCUGGAAUUCAAGACCAGCCUGGGCAGCAUAAUGAGACCCUGUAUUUACAAAAAGAGACAGAGGGGACAGCACAGUGGGGAGCGCGGUCUUUACCUCUCCCCAAAACAAGGAGUAUUUUUCUCUGUCUCCCCUAAAAGCAAGGGCAUUCUCCUACAAAUCAUUAUAAUUGGAACACUGACUAUAAUUGGAACAUUUAACAUUAAGUUAUAUUAUCUAAUGUAUAAUUCAUAUUCUGAUUUCCUAAAUUGUGUUAAUAAUGUCCUUGGUGCCAUUUUUUAUAAAUUCAGAAUCCUUUCUAGGAUCCUGUUUAGCAUUUAGCUGUUGCUUCUGUUCACUCUCCUUUAAUCCAGAAUAUUUUUCUAUUUUUUUAAUUACAUAGACAUUCUUUAGGAGUCCAAGACAGUUGUUUUGAAAAAAUGCCAAUUUGAAUUUAAUUUUUCUCGUGAUUAAAUUCAGGUUAAACAUUUUUUGGCAGGAAAAUUACAUUGAUGAUGUACACAAAUGGAUUUUCAAAUGCUAAACUAGCCUGACAUUAACCUACUUGGUCACGAUGCAUUAUUACAUAUACAUGUGGUAUGCAAGGAUUUUGUUUAGGAUUUACAUGUCUAUGCUCCUGAGUGAGAUUGGCCUGAACAUUUCCUCUCAGAUAAUGUCCUUUUCAAUUUUUAGUAUCAGAGUUAGGCUGGCUUCAUAAAACAAAGUCUACUCUUCUAGUCUCUGUACGUAUUUGUGAAGAUUAACAUUGUUUAUUCCUUAAAUGUUAGGUAGAAUUUACUGAGUGGCCAUUUGAGGCUGCUAUUUUUUGUGAGAAGGUCUUAAAUUUUAAUUUUUUUUCUUGAGACAGAGUCUCACUCUGUCACCCAGGCUGGAGUGCAGUGGUGCAAUCUUGGCUCACUGCAACCUCCACCUCCCAGGCUAAAGCUAUUCUCAUGCCUCAGCCUCCCAAGUAGCUGGAACUAUAGGUGUGCACCACCAUGCCCAGCUAAUUUUUUGUAGUUGUAGUAACGACAGGGUUUUGCCAUUUUGGCCAGGCUGGUCUUGAGCUCCUGAAUUCGUGAUCCACUUGCUUUGGCCUCCCAACGUGCUGGGAUUACAGAUGUGAGCCACCACACCCAGCCACAUUAUAAAUUUAAUUAAUUUCUUACCUGCUCCAUUUUGGUCAGAGAACAUACUCUGCAUGCUAUUAUGCCUUUGAAAAUUGUUGAAACUUAGUUUUUGACCCAGCAUGUGGUCAAUUUUGUUAAGAGUGUUACGUGUACUUGAAAAGAACAUGAAUUCUGUGUUCUAUGUGUUAUUAAGUUUUGACCCUGUUCAAAGCUUCUAUAUAUCUUUAUUGGAAUGUUUGCUUGUCUGUAAGUUGCAGAGAGAUAGGUGUAAAAGUCUCCUAUAAUACUCAUAACUGUUUUAUUUUAUUUACAGAUUUUAUCAUAAUUUGUAGUACCAUCAAUUUUUGCUUUAUAAAAUUCAGAGUAUAUUACUACAUGCAUACAAAUGUAUAAUUAUUAAAUAUUCUUGAGAAAGAGUUUUUUACUCU